GGAGAAGAGCUCUUUAAUGAGGAGGUAACAAAAGUUCUAAAAAAUCUCACAAAUUUUUACCACAUUUCUCUUGAUUUCUUCCUUUACUUUGAUGUCUAAAGCAAUUGGACAGUGGUUCUCAACCGACUGGUUUUAUAUCUCAACAUAGAAGAGACUCUGCUUGGGCUGUUCUAUGACCUGAUACUUAGAUGUUUAGGCCCAGGAUUAUUUUAUUCACCACUCUGGUUGUCAGGAAAAUUUCUUCGCCUGCCUCUUAUGGAUAUUUAUCAUAUUGGAACUGUUGCGUUAAAUUAAUGAACAAGAUGCCACGUCGAUCUAGAAACCACAGCAGUUCUACGAAUAAAUCAGUGGAGGAUUUAUAUGGGUCUAGGGACUCCAAGAAACGCAUUAGAAUUCACUCUGAAAACGGAUAUGCUGAUGUUGGUCAUCACAAUCAUAUAAAAAAUGAUAAUACUGAGAGUGAGAGAUCAGGAAUAGGUGAUCAUUUUGUUAUUGAUAGAAAGGGAGAUUCAAGUCUUCUCCAACAUAAUGUAGACAUUAGGUCAUCUGCUAGUGCUAUUUCAAAGAAUGGGCCACAAACUGAAACAAAAGAUGCACAAUUUACUCAGGAACUCUCUCAAAAAGCAUCAAAAGAUCGUAGAAUCAAGUCAGGAAUGUUUGAUCCAAGAUCUUGUAGAGUUGAAAGUCAGCGAAAAGCCAGAUCACCAACCAAAGAGAGAAGUUCAAGUAGAACCUUCUCGACAGAUUCAAAAUCUGCUGGAUCAAAUGAAGUCACUUAUAAACUGAAAUCAGUGAUGGUGAAAAAAAGUCCAAAUACUAAUAAUGAGAUGAGGAAACAAACUUUCAGGGAUGCUUUAAAAGAUGAAGCCAGUGAACUUGAAAGUGCAGCUCAUUCAUAUAGAAGUGCAGCUCAUGGUUCUAAUGUACAGUCAUGCUCAUCUGAAAGUGCAGCUCAUUCAUAUAGAAGUGCAACUCAUGGUUCUAAUGUACAGUCACGCUCAU